GUAGUCCACAACGAUACUAAAUACUACCUCAUUCAACCACUACCUGCCAGAUUCAAGAACGAGACUCAUUUUCCACACGUCCUAUUGGAAAAAUACGUAGACGGUCCUGAGAAAAACUUCGAAUGCACUCAUCGUACUAAGAUUAAGGAUCAUGAAAAAGACGUUUUCGCUAAGGAACCAAAAGAUAGAGGAAUUAUCCGAAGAAAAAGGGAGAAUUUUCCAGCAGGAGCACCAGUUUUCGUGGAAACUGCCGUGUUUGUCGACAGAGAUCUGUUCGAUCUUAUGAAGAAUAAUUUUCCUGUGGACACAGAAAGAGAACUGAUUCGUUUUGUGCUAGCCAUGAUAAAUGCGGUUCAAUUGUUGUACCAUGAUCCAAGCUUGGGGAGGCCAGUAAAUUUCGUGCUGAAACGCUUGGAAAUCCUCAAAGAAGAAGCGACAGGUCUUUCGAGACCACCAGACAUCGACCGUUUUCUAUCGAAUUUUUGCAACUGGCAAAGGACCAAAAAUCCUGUAGGAGAUAAGGAACCUCAGCACUGGGAUCAUGCGCUCAUUCUGACUGGCUUAGACUUAUACGUUAGGGGAAAGCAUGGGAAAAUAUCCACGCAGGUUGUAGGUUUGGCACCUGUAGCUGGGAUGUGUACAUCUACCAGUAGCUGCACAGUGAAUGAAGGAAGACACUUUGAAAGUGUAUAUGUAGUAGCACACGAAAUAGGUCAUAAUCUAGGUAUGAGACACGAUGGUCCUCUGGCAGACAAUGAUUGUGAUCCAACUAGCUAUAUAAUGUCGCCGACUCUAGGAAGCGGGAAAAUAACCUGGUCUUCAUGCAGUAGAAGAUAUCUGCAGAAAUUCCUCGACACUUCGCAAUCUAGAUGUUUACUGGAUCAUGGAAGUUCUGCUGGGACGCUGGAUCAUAGUGCAGAGGGGGCCUUACCUGGAGAAAGAUUCGACGCCAAUCAGCAGUGCAUGCUGAAGUAUGGAAGUGGAAGCAAACAUUCCUCCCAACAACCAUUGGAUGACGUUUGCAGGGAUCUUCAUUGUGAGAGAGAAAGAUACACUUGGACUUCUCAUCCUGCUUUGGAGGGAACUUCAUGCGGUCACAAUUUGUGGUGCAGAGGUGGACGAUGCAUAAGCAAAGGCAUUUUCAGACAACCCACCUUCACCCAUCAAGCUCAGAAACACAAUCCCCAUACUGAACGAGUGAAUGGAGGCUGGAGUGAAUGGCGACCAUCGAGCGACUGUGCUUCUGGUUGUCUAUUUGGUGAAGAAGGUCGUCUUAGUUCUGGAAGUACCGGAAUCAGGAUUGCGGAGAGAUUUUGCAAUAGCCCCAGACCACAAGGAGGAGGGGCCAACUGUGAGGGACCAGAUAGAAAAUUCGAAGCUUGUAAUGCCGAACAAUGCAUCAACGUGCCUAGAUUAACAGUUAGAGAGUUCGCAGACCAAAUAUGUACCAGAGCGAAGGAAGUCGAUGAUGAGCUCACUGGGUUAGGGUUGCAGAAGAUCACCUCAAGCUCUGAUGAAGCUUGUCUUGUAUGGUGCCAAAAAAGGGACGGGGGUAUGAAAAGUAGAGGUUGGAAUUUCCCAGAUGGUACUGUAUGUCAAACCAGGCGAAGUCGACAUAGUAGAGCAAGCUACUGCGUGAGUGGAAGAUGCGAAGAAUUCGUUUGCGAUUCAUUUGACGAGUCUCCUUUCGUGCAAAUGCCAGAUCUGUGUCCUGUUGAAAGAGAAGACAAUGAACUGUUAUGGAAAACCGGCAUUAGGAGGCGAGACAGCCCAACCAAGUGGAGAAGUGCAAGUGGCUGUCAUUUCAACUGCAUCUCUCCAGGCUCCGGAAUUCGUUUGGUUAUGAGCAAAGGGAGUCAGAGCAGGUCAAGCAUUCAGCUAUGCCAAGCUGACGAAUAUGCCUGUGGUAGGCUCAAAACUCCAUUCCAACACGCUUCAACGGUAUGUAGCAAAUACAAGGACAGAGUAAGGAGAUUGUCAGGGCUCGGUAUGCAAAUAUCUCCAGUUGUAGAAGAUCCAGACAGACCAUGCAGAGUUGCAUGUCAAGACGAGAAUAUAUCCCACAGGUUUUAUUUGGUCAACGGAGAAGAAGGGUGGUUUCCUUUUGGUACAGACUGUACCAGAGGAUCAUCGGAUAAAAAAGCUUAUUGUGUCAGUGGGAAAUGUCUAGAGUUCAGCUCUGAUGGCACACCUAUGUCAGAGAACGAAUUUACCCUACCUCUCUUAUCAAGGCCCAAAAGGUCUUUGUAUAACAGCGAUGGUACAAGAAUUCUCGUCAAACUAGAUCAGAAGGAACUUGAUGAUAUAGUUCAUGAUUUGAACAGAACAAUAUCAGGACGAUAUCAAAAUGCACCCAAACAUAAAUUCGAUAUUGACUUGGACAACCCAAUACAUUUCAACAUGGAUAACGAAACGGUGAUAAGAUACGGAAAUCAAGAUUAUAUAAAUUAUGCCUAAUUGGAUGUGAUUGAAUGUGAUUCCUAUAAAAAAUGUACUGCCAGAAUCCGAUGGGAUAUUCUAUUGGAAAUAUAAUUUACACUACC